GGCGACGGCCAUCAGUGGUUCCCAAAAUCCAGAUAUGGAUAAAGAAAAAACAGAAACUUCACCGAAGAUUUCUUCAAAUCGCAAUAGCAGUUCAGCGGGAAAAUCUCCUACUGAGCUUCUCCAAUUGUCUAUGGAAGAAUUUUACAGAGAUCGACCAAUAUUGAUCAGCAAUUUGCCAGUUUCUGCAAAUGAAGAUGACAUAAAUGUGCUUUUAGGGGCAUACAUAGCAAAGAGUAUUGAAAUCAUUCCAGGGCAAAGAAAAGCUGUGGUUGUACUUGAGAGUGGGAGUGAAAUUGAACAGUUAAUGUUAGAUUUACAUAACACCAAAUUCCAAGACUGUGUUAUAAGUAUAGAUCGAUGUGAGACUGAGAAACUUUUAUGUUGCGCUCAUCUGCCUCAGGAUUACACUCUACAAAAAUUCCGAGCCCUUGUGUCUCCAUUCUGUGCUGUCAAAAAGUGCUUUCUCUAUCGAGGCCAAACUACAAAUGACUUUAAAUUCUGUGGAGUUGUGGAAUAUAGUGCUCCUCUCACUCAAAUAUCGAGUAUACGUACAGAACUGGACUGGAAAUUAGUGGAAGGACACCAUAUACACUGUGAUUUUCUGGACAAAAGUCUCUCCUCCUACAGGAAAUUAAACUCCAAGUGUUUGUUUGUGGACAAUUUGCCUAAGGAUUUCACUAACACGUCAGAGUUUAGGGAUGUCUUUAGUGCUCUCUCUAGUCCACUCUACUGCCAGAUUGUGAUGAAAGAUGGAAAGUCCUUAGGUUAUGGAAUAAUCGAGUACAGGUCUUGGCAAGAGGCAGAAAAGUCCGAAAGACACCUUAACGGUCACAAAAUUCUGGAUGUGCCAAUGAGGAUAACAUAUUGUAUUCCAGGGAUCUCAGCAGUCACAAUAUGUUCUAGGCUUAUGAGUAAAUUUGACAAUCCUGCAGACAACGUGUGUAAGCCAAGCUUGUUACCAGACCCUGUACACCCCUGUAAAGAACUACUGUGUAACCCGCUCGUUCAGCGCCUCACUUCACAACAUCCUACGUUGAUGAAAAAGUUUGAAGAGGCAUUAGAGAAGAUGCACAAGACCUACAUAAAACAGCUGACCUCCAACCCAGAGAAACCAGGUUUACUGGGACCUGCUCCAGCCAUGCCAUUAAGUCCUCUGAUGAACGUGAAUGUACAGCUAGGGCUGUUUAUACUGCUAGCAUUCCAACUCCAGAUACAAGCUCCCAGCAGUCAGUUUUUUGAUGUAGAUCUUGCAACUUUAAUGUCAAAGAAGGUCAACAAUAACCAGACCGAGAAGCCGUCAUUGUUGGGGGACCCGUAUGCCUCCCAGUCCAACAUUAUCCUCCACAGUCUCCUGUCCAAACUGUCCCCCGGUAAACCAAAUCAGCCAUACCCGGGCUCUGACAUCAGUUCCAUGUUAUUAUCAGUGUCACAAAACCUACAGAACAUUGAUGUCAGUGGCCUGACAAAUAUAGGUCAGAUCGCAGUGCAAUUAGGUCAUGAUCUCGGCUGCACCUCAGGGGAAGUUACUCCUCUCAUGGAUUUGAAAAAUUCAAAAGAGGGAUUGCUAGGGGCAGCUCCCCCAGAAAUUCUUGGAUUAGUGCAUAGAGGGCUACCACCAAAGAAAAGUUUGUUUGCCAGUCAGCCCAAUAAAGAGGGGGAAGUUAAACAGUCCCUGUUGGGAGAACCUCCUCAGAACCUGAUGCCUGGCUGGGGAGGUAGACCAAAAGGUGGAGGCCUGCUGCCAAACCCAGACACUACACAUACUCAACAAAGAAAUCCACAGGGAGGAAAAGGAGAACUGAGUGAAUAUGAUCAGUACUAUGGAUAUACUAGUAACAGGGGUGAUGGUGGAUAUUAUAAUUCUAGUUAUCAGAAUCAAGGAAGCACUUAUGAUUAUGCAGAAGAAAGUUUUAACUACAACCAUGAUCAGCAUUACCAAGAUAUAGCAGCUAAAGCAGCGGCCUACGCCGCUUACAACCAACCUGGUUACAGUUACCAUGGUUACAGUGGACAUGACGAAUCGUACAGCUCAGGUUACGGCAGUGUGUCGGGUCAGGAUUAUGACGACUCAUACAGUUACAGCAGUUCCGAUUAUAGUUACAGAGGACACACAGAGGCCACACCCACUCAUCAUUCAGCGACAUCGCCUCAGUCCAGCUACGAAUCAUAUCACCCCUAUAGCUCAUCCUCUGCCGAACCACUUCCCAAAAAGCAGACCAUAGAUUAUUACCAUCAGUCUUCAGCACAGUCCCAGUCAUAUAAAGAACCAAUACAGCCUCCUGGUACAUCUAGGACAGAGAAUCAACCUUUACUGAAGACCCCACAAGGCCAGAAGAGAAGUUACAGUCACUUGUUACCAGCCCCAGAGCCCAGUCCCGAGGGGGAGUAUGUGGGGCAACAUUCACAGGGCAUCGGGGGGCAUUACGCCGCAUCGUACACCAAUAAACGACAAAAAGUAUCGCACACACGAUUAAUGAUGCAAUAUUAAUUACUACAUGUAUUUGUAGCAUUUGAAUUUCAUCUCGCAAAUGUUGUUUGUUAGGGAAUCAUUUUUUAUGGGCAGGUACAUCAUACUAACUACAGGAUAUGUAUAUUUUUUAAAGUUUAAUUUCAUUCCAUUGCAUUGUGUACAUUUUGAAGUGUUAAAAAUCAUUUUAUUUAUUUUUUGUUGAUUAGGAAUAAUUACUUAAUCAUGUAAAAAGUUAAUUGAGCAGAAACAAGAUAAAAGAUAACAGAUUCAAUUUUAAAUCGUAUAAUAAAAAAGCAAUCGGUAGUGCUAAGACAUUAUUCAGAAAGAGAAAGUGCCAUCUAUAUUUUGUUACAAGAUAUUGACAAAAUUUUGUUAUUGAAGAGGUUUUAUAUUCUAAAAUUGAUUCUAUCCUCUUUUUAGAGACCUGAUUUAGGAAUAUCAAUAAUUUGUUGGUUGUUUUAACUGGAAAUUAGGGGGUAUUUUGUUUUGAUAUUUAAGGUGUGGCAGAUAUUGUUUUUGUUUAUAUUUUGUUAAUAACCAUUCCUAGCUUUACCCCGCACCCCUUCCCCUCAGUAAGCUUUAAAGAAAUGGGCAUCUCUUGAAGUAUACAAAAGUGCUGAAUAAAAAAAAUUAUGAAAUUUGUAAAGGUUAUUAAUUUUUUUUUUUAAUAAAUUCAAUAUUUGUUUUAAUGAUUAGAAAAUGUUACUGUUUGUUUUGUUUUUGUUUGGGAAAUAUAUAGUUUCAAAAUACACAUCGUCGGUAACCCCUGGGUGAUUCACGUCGAUUCUCUCUAUCAUCACUGAGGAAGCUUGCGGACUCAAAAUCCAGGUUUGCGACGAUGCAAAAUACACUAACCUAUGAAAUACACAAUGUAAAUGUAUAGAAAAAUAAAAGAUGCUUAGAAAAUGACUGUUCUUUUAAUAAGAGUUUCAUUUUUUAUGAAAUUCAAACAAGGAUUAAAAUAUACAUCUUCAAAAAAUAAAAUAUAUAUUUUUCCCAUCCAUUUUCACAUUGUUAAAUAUCUUUGUAACAAGAUGCUCAGAAAAUGACUGUUCUUUGGAGAUUGCUUUUUCAUGAAUUUCAUAGGAGGAUUUAAAUAUUUCCCAAAAAAGAGAAGUAUUUUUCCCUCCAUUGUUAUAUUUUUUAAAAAUUUCUUUGUAAUUUAAAGCCCCCCCCCCCUCCCCACCAUAUUCUAUAUCACAUGAUUGAGUAUCAAUCAUUGUAGAAUGACUUGAUAUAUAAUUAUUAUGCACAGAGAAGGUGCUUUCAGAAAUGUUAUUAUUGU